UUUCCCUUUUUUCAUGACAGCGUCUUUCAGGGAAGGGGCCCAACCGCGUCUCCAAUCCUUCUCUCCCCUCGUUCUGCAGACAACAAAACCUCCAUUUCCGACAUAUAAAAUUCUCAUCUUUCAUCAGCCGCCCUCUAUCGGCCCGAAUCGAAAACCCUAGAGAGAGCGGUAGAGGGAUUUGAGAAUUUCAUGCUUGCCCGUUUCUCUUCCUCUCUGUAUUUAUUUUCACGAGUGUUUGCAGCCCUCGCAGAAUCGGUGUUUCAAUACCUCAAUUCAACGCAUCUGAGGUGGGAUCUUUGAUUCAUAAUAACAGAUCUGGUGGACGGGAACUCGUGCGCAAUAGAUCCGUUAGGGUUUUGUGGCUUUGAUUGAGUUAUGGUUUAUUCAGGCAUCGGGUCUGAAGAUAAUUUGUUGUUCUGACACAUUUGCUCCCUUGCAAUGUCGCUGUUACCGAAAAGCGAUUCGGUUCAAAUUCGGGAGGUUUGGAACGAUAAUCUUGAGGAAGAGUUUGCGUUGAUCCGGAACAUUGUUGACGAGUUCCCUUACAUCGCGAUGGAUACGGAAUUUCCGGGGAUUGUUCUCCGCCCUGUUGGCAAUUUCAAAAACAGUAACGAGUAUCAUUACCAGACAUUGAAAGACAAUGUCGACAUGUUGAAAUUAAUUCAAUUGGGCCUCACAUUUUCCGACGAGCAAGGAAAUCUUCCCACUUGCGAGACGGACAAGUAUUGCAUUUGGCAAUUCAAUUUUCGAGAGUUCAAUGUGAAUGAGGAUGUUUUUGCGAAUGAUUCAAUCGAGCUUUUGCGCGAAAGUGGUAUUGAUUUUAAGAAGAAUAAUGAGAAGGGUAUUGAUUCUCUCCGCUUCGGUGAGCUCUUGAUGUCCUCUGGCAUUGUGUUGAAUGAUAAUGUUCAUUGGGUUACUUUCCAUAGCGGGUAUGAUUUUGGGUACUUGCUCAAGCUAUUGACAUGCCAUAAUUUGCCUGAUACACAAGUCGGUUUCUUCAGUUUGAUCAAUAUGUACUUCCCGACUCUUUAUGACAUCAAGCAUUUAAUGAGGUUCUGCAAUAGUCUUCAUGGGGGAUUGAACAAGCUGGCGGAGCUGUUGGAAGUGGAGAGAGUUGGCAUAUGUCACCAGGCAGGUUCGGAUAGUUUGCUCACGUCUUGUACAUUCAGGAAGUUGAAGGAGAGUUUCUUUAGCGGUUCACUUGAGAAGUAUGCUGGUGUUUUGUACGGUUUAGGUGUUGAGAAUGGACAGAAUACUCACUGAAUCUUAGAACAAAAUAUAUUUGAAAAAAUCUGAAAUAAAAAAAAAAAUUUAUUUACUACUUGUGCGUGUAUCACUCAUCUCUAUGUACACCUUUUGCUCAUAAAUUAUGAAUUUUUUGCUCUUUUACUUUAA